UGAACGCACGAGGCCAAACACUAAUAAAGAGCUGCUGCCCUCGCGCUGUCCUCGCAGACAUCACGCAGGUUUUUACCGGGGAAACACGCACACAGUGAACCGGCAGGCUCGCGCGGGUUCGCGGCUCUAGUGAUUAAAUUCCUCGCGCAGAGAUCAGCAGCACUGAAGCACCGCAGAGGAGCAGGAGUCACUGACAGGCGCUCGGCGGGGCGGGAUGGACUACAGUUAUGAUACGGACCUGGAAGAGUUGUGUCCGGUGUGUGGGGAUAAAGUUUCUGGUUAUCAUUAUGGGUUAUUAACCUGCGAGAGCUGCAAGGGUUUCUUUAAGAGGACCGUACAGAAUAACAAACGGUACACAUGUGCAGAGAGUCAAGACUGUAAGAUUGAUAAAACCCAGAGGAAACGAUGUCCAUUCUGCCGCUUCCAGAAAUGUCUCAACGUCGGGAUGCGGCUGGAGGCUGUCCGUGCCGACAGGAUGCGAGGAGGGCGAAAUAAAUUCGGCCCCAUGUACAAACGAGACCGGGCGUUAAAGCAGCAGAAGAAAGCUCUCAUCCGGGCGAGCGGCUUAAAGAUGGAAGCCACGCCCCCUUUGCUGUCAUCACCACAGUCUGACUACAGCUUUAGCACUGCUCUCUCCAUUCCAGCUCAAAAAAACACACACCUGAACAUCGGCACCUCGCUGGCCCCCACCGAUUAUGAACGCAGCCUGUACGCAUCCAGUUCCCUGAGCUUAUCCGGCCCAAUCCCGGCCCACGCCCCUCUGCCAGCACAGUACCCGUAUCCAAACCUACCCGGCCGUGCCAUCAAGUCCGAGUAUCCCGACCACUACACAAGCUCAGAGCACUACACCAGCGCCAGCUCCCCAGAAUCGGUCCCGGGCUACACGUACAUGGAUCAGACGCGAGUGUCGAGCAGCCCUCCGCUGGCCCCGCCGGGCUCCACGGUCCCGCCGCUGGUUCUGGAGUUUGUCCGCUGUGAGCAAGAUGAGCUGCAGGUGCAGAGCAAGAUAAGCGCUCACCUGGCCCACCUGCAGCAGGAACAGAACUCUCGGAGUCUCGCAGCCAAACAGGAACGACUCAGCACCUUCGGCCUGAUGUGUCACAUGGCCGACCAGACGCUCUUCUCCAUCGUGGAGUGGGCACGCAGCUGCAUCUUCUUUAAGGAGCUCAAGGUGGGCGAUCAGAUGAAGUUGCUCCAUAACUGCUGGAGUGAGCUUCUUGUGCUGGACUACAUCGCCAGACAGUUGAAUCAUGGGAAAGAGGACAGUGUGCUUCUCAUCACUGGACAGGAGGUUGAGCUGGCGUCUUUGCUGGCCCAGGCAGGGGUCACUCUGAGCGGGAUGAUACAGAGAGGUCAGGAGCUGGUGCAUCGCCUACAAGAGCUUCAGCUGGACCGCAGAGAAACCGCCUGUCUCAAAUAUCUCAUCCUCUUUAACCCAGACGUGAAACUGUUGGAAAACCAGCCUUACGUCGAGAGCGUGUACGAGCAGGUGAACGCCGCGCUGUUGGAGUACACACUGUACGCGUAUCCGCAAUUCCCGGACAGGUUUAGCCAGAUCCUGCUACGCCUUCCCGAGCUCAGAGCGCUGAGCGCGCAAGCCGAAGACUACCUGUGCUACAAACACCUGAGCGGAGAGGUGCCCUGCAACAACCUCCUCAUAGAAAUGCUGCAUGCCAAGAGAACCUGCAUCUGACACAAACGCACACUCACACACACACACAACAG